CGAAUGUUGCUGUCAUUUUUCAGUUUUCGCUAGUUGCUCAGCCGUGUUCGUCGCUCCGCGCCUUUAGCUAAAAAAAUGUAGUUUAAUGCCAUAAAAACGUAGUUUUUUAGUAGUGUAAAGAAAUCUGUUGAAAGAAAUAAUGCUAUUUUUAUAUGUGGAAUGUAUUUUUAACGGUAUGUGAAAGAUUUCAAGAGAUAAAGUCAGAAUAUGUUUGACUUUUGUUGGCAGAAAGUAUUUUGUUUAAUAUUUUUAGAUUGAAAUUUGCAAAUAUUUUAUUGUGAAUCAUGGAUGAAAAUACCGAAAAUUCCCCAUCUAAGGUUCCAGACUCUCCUAAACCCCUGGCUUUUACAAUUGAUUUUGGAAAUACUCAAAAUUCUGAUGUGCAAACCUUAAGACAAAAAGCUUUAGCAGAAAAAUUUCAAAAAAGGCAUAAAAGAGGCCAGUCGUUGUCUAAAUUGGAAGAGUCUCCAACUACAACACCUCCGAAACAACAUCCCCUGACAGGCAACCUGCCCAGAAAGUCAAGUUUUCAAUCCGAGGGGUAUUUUUCUUCAGAUGAAAAACCAGAUAGAGUAAAAAGUGCAAAUGCAAGAAUCGGGAGUGCUGGUUCCAAACGCAGUGAUUUAUCUCUUGCUUUAAAAAAUACUACAUCAGAGCGAAUGACACAAUCAUUUCCAAAUCCUACCCUUCCAUGUAUAACUAGCCCAGAGAUAGAAUUGAAAGACGUGUCUAGUCCAGAGUUAGAUAUUUUAAGCCCUUUUAGUCCUAUAGAAAAAUCAAUUAGUCAAGAAAGUUCGAGUAAUUCCGCAAAAAAGGCACAAUUUUUAAGCCCAGAAUGUGAAAAGUUAUAUAUUGGAGAAAAUAGUGAACAAGAAAUAUUUAUAGAUGGUGCAGAGUUUGAUUUUGAUAAGUCUGAUAGUGCUAGUGAUACUGGUACUUACACAUUAGAUACAGAAAAGUAUUCUGAAGAACAAAAAGCCAGGAUGAGCAUUGAUAGGGAAUUUAAAAUUGAGCAAGUUUCUGUUCAAAAGAAAACUGAGGAGUAUGUUAAAAGCUUAGCUACAAUGAGAGAUAAUGUUCUGCUAAAUGCUGCAAUGAUGAAUCAAAGAAAUGUCAAGGAACAAGAAGUAUCAAAGGGUAUCCAAGGAAUUAAAUUAAACUCUAACACAGGGUUAAAAUCUCCAAGAUCACCAACUUUGAAGAAAUUCAGUGGUAUUACCCAAAUUCAGCCACAUGCUAAGCUCUCUCCAAUAUUGUCCCCAACACAAAACAUAUCUAUUACAGAUAUCGAACAUGUUGAGGAUGAACCUCUUAAUAAUAGUAACUGUGAUUUAAAUAAUACCUUUACAAAAAUUAUGUUUCCUAGUCCUAACGCUAAAAGAGAUGGUUUGAAACAGAAUUAUGAUCAAGGCUCUGUCAUAUCAGUGACCUCUAGUGGUGCUUUUAAAAAAGUGGAAAAGAAAGAUAAACUGUCAAGUCUCACAAAAUCUGAGGUACAAGUUCAAGCUUAUAUAGAUGGAAAAAGUUAUAGUGAUGGUUUUCAUGAGCCUAUUUUUCAUAGAGAAGGUAAAAAAAUAGCCCCUAAAUUAACUACGACUAUAGUCAAUGUGCAAAGCAUUGAUGUACAAAGUUCUGUGGAUUCUAGUGGCGUUGUAAGUGCAAAUAUUGUUGUAACACCAAAAAGUAUCAAUAAUCUUCCCCCUGCAAUUGGUGGUUAUUCAGCAAAAGGACCUUCAACCAAAAUUCCAUCACCAACACAUAUGGUUUCACGUCCACGAAGUAGAAAUAGUAUCAGCUCUUUAAACAUAGACUUUUCUGAUAGUUCAUUGGAUACAGACACCAUUUUAAAGCCAACUCAAAACUAUAUAAAUUCCCUGCAACAAAGAUUAUCUCUUGAUAGUGACCCAGACAGUGAUUAUGAUGUUAGGACUCAACUAAACAACACUGCACAUCUUUUAAAGCAAAAAGCUUCACAUACUAGACACAAUUCCCUAGAUGAUAGAACUAUGAAUAUUUCUAAUAAACUAGAACAUUUUCAGAACAAAAAUCUAAUGACUAUUGAUCAAACUUACUCAAAUUUGUUAAAUCAAUAUUCACAAAACAAAGUUAUGCACAAAAUACAGAAUUCUCCUAAUAAUUCACCCAUACGUAGAUCGAGCAGCUUCAGUACUAAAAAUCAAAUUCUUUCCUCAAAAAACACCAAUGUUGUUCAAAAAGAAUCAAACAUUCGAAAUUCUCCAAAUUUGACCCGAAAUACUUCUGUUCAUAGAAGUGCUUCUACAGCUUCUAUCAAGCCCAACUAUAUUAUUAAUAGGAGAGGUAGUAGUGGACAUCAAAAGAUAGACAGAAGUCAAUUUGGUGAUACAGAGUCUAGUUCUGAGGAGGAUUUCGAAAAGAACAAUCAGAAACGCAAAGACUUAUCUAACAUAACAAAUACCAGAUGCAAUAGGACCUUCAGUUUGCGAAGGGCCCGCGCCGACAACGAAUCUGCUUUACAGCUCAAAUGUCCAAAUACUCCGGAGAUGAGAAGGAAAUCUUUUCAGCCGGAGUUGAAACAUGAACGUGCAAUUUCUGUAGAUAGGAAGCCAAUGAAAACCAACGAGAUUCAAAGUAGAUAUUUGAUGAAUAUUAGCAAGAAAUCCCUCGCGCCCUUAACCCAUAAGGAUUUAAAAAUUGUGCCAAAAGUGACAAAUGCAAGUAAACCUGCAGCGCCUGGGCGACCACAAACUUUUACAAGGACAGAUACUGGUAGAGUUAGUAUGCGAAUGUUAAAACCGCCCAUUACGAAUAACGUUUCGAAGGGACUGAAGAAAGACCCAAGUGGAAAGAAGCAAGGUGGCAUGCGCAGCAACUCUUCCCUCACGAGCCGCGAAGUAGAAUUCCAGAAUUGGAAGAGGCGGAAAAGCUACGAUCCGAUGAAGGCGGCCGCUGAAGGAAAGAAGAAGGAACAGGCCAAACGACAAAGCCUUGGAGUAGGUCAAAACGCCAUGACUCAAUCUUGUACAGAGGCGAAUCACAGUCAGGAUAGCUCACCGUCCCAUUCUAGUUCUGUACACCGAUCACAGAGCUUCCACGGUACAGCUGCCCUCGAGCAACUGAUUAGUUCGGAGGAAGAGGAAGAAGAAGAUCUGACUUUAUCCGCCGAUGAAGGCUUCAGCCCUCCAACGCCUAGCCCGUGCGAAUUGAGCCCUGCGAGAGCCACCUUGAGGCACACAUUGUGGGAACGAAUCCGACAUUAGACCAUGACUAAUUUAAUGUAAUUAGAAAACGAG